AUGCUACACGGGAGAGGAGGUUUUCAUCAUGGAAACGAUCCACCUUCAAAACGUUAUCGUCGCGACGACAAUGCUGAUCCAACCAACCCGAAUCCUUCAAUAGUGGUGCACGUAACCGAAGCCGAUCUUCUUGAAGCACUCAGCAAUUUCGGUCCAGUCGCUUAUGCGACUUGUAUACCACACUCACGAAUGGCGUUAGUGGAGUUUGAGGAUAUAGAGGGAGCCAAGGCUUGUGUAAACUUUGCAGCUUCUAACUCGAUAAAUGUCGGAGGACAGGCUGCUUUGUUCAAUUAUUCAACAUCUCAGUGCAUUGAACGAAUGGGAUUUGAGUCUGCAAUCCCAAACAAAGUUCUCGUCGUCACUGUACUUAACGCUCAAUAUCCAGUUGAUGCUGAUGUCAUCUAUCAAAUUUCGAAUGCUCAAGGAAGAGUUCUUCGUGUUGCUGUGAUGCACAAACCGACGAUCGUGCAAGCGCUCGUAGAGUUUGAAUCUAUGGAAAUCGCAAAAGCAGCAAAACAUGCCAUGAACGGUGCAGAUAUUUAUUCUGGUUGUUGCACACUAAAAGUCGAGUUUGCCAAGCCGGAUCGAGUUCGAGUGACACGUCAGGACAAAGAUCAACGAGAUUUUACUAUCCCAGAGAAUGAAACUCCACAGCCAGAUAACACGACAAGAAAAACGUUGAUUCCAUCGAGACCGGAUGAGCAUUAUCGUCGUCCAUAUGAAGACGAACGCAAUAAUCCGUACGAUCGUCGUGACUAUCCACCACCACCGCCGCCACCACAACAGUACGGAUAUCCGCCACGAGGAGACGGACCACCAGAGUAUUAUGGGGAUCGUGGAGGACCACCACAAUCAAGAUACCGGGAUAAUUACGACGAUAGGAGAGGUGGACCGAUAGGAGGGGCUGGAGGACCGGGUUGCGUUCUCAUGAUGUACGGAAUUGAACACGGCAAAAUCAAUUGCGAUAUGAUUUUCAAUAUUUUGUGUCAAUAUGGAAAUGUGCUCAGAAUUAGUUUCAUGCGCACCAAAACAGAAACUGGAAUAAUUGAAAUGGGAACUCCAGACGAACGUCACAAUGUGCUUGAUUUCUUGCAAGGAUUCGAAUGUUUCGGUCUGAAAUUAGAAUUCAAACCAAGUCAUCAAGAAUGUGUACACUACCUUCGAGACCCAUUCCAAUUGCCGGAUGGCACUCCAUCAUUCAAAGACUAUUCCACUUCACGUAAUCAGAGAUUCACCACUCCAGAACUUGCCGCAAAAAAUCGUAUAAUUUUCCCAACGAAGAUUCUCCACUGGUUCAAUGCUCCGGGUACUAUGGACGAAAAGAAGUUGCUUGACAUGAUUGCUGAGAGAUCGCAGCACAAAGCUGUCAAAGUUGAAAUCUUCCCAACUAGAAAUGAACGUUCAUCUGCAGGAACCGUGGAAUUUGAGACAGUUGAAGCUGCUAAUGAAGUGUUAUGUCUCGUGAAUCAUAUGCCAGUAGACAGUCCAUAUGGAAGUGCACCGUUCAUCAUUAAAUGGGCGUAUGCUACUCCACGUCGUUGGGAAGGAAGCGGAGGGGACGAUGGCGAAGGAGGAGAGAGAAAAGAGGCUUUCAUCCAUCCGGCCGUCAGACCACCGCCAUACCGACGUGGAGGAGGAAGAGGAGGCUAUGGGGAUCCAGGAUUCCGUCGAGACUCCUAUCGAACUGGAUUACAUGGAGGUGGACCUGGUGACCGCUUUGGCCCGUACCCACCACGCGGAGGAGGAGGAUUCCGUGGUGGACGUGGGAGAGGUCGUUUCAAUGAAUACUGA